AUGUCUAUAAGUUAUAACUUCGCGGGAAAGGUAGCCCUAAUCACGGGCUCGAGUUCAGGUAUCGGUGCCUCAAUAGCCAUACUUAUGUCCAGAAGCGGUGCUCGCGUUGUGGUCAACGGUCUGGACGGCGCUGAAGUGCGUUCAGUGGCUGACGAGUGCGCGCGAGUCUCGCCGUCGGGUUUGUCGGCACUCGAAGUGGUCGUAGACUUCCGGCGCGAGUCCGACGUCAGGAAAGUCAUUGACACCACUAUUGAAGCCUAUGGACAGUUAGAUGUAUUGGUCAACUGCGCCGGGUAUAUGGUUAUGGCUAAUAUAAUGGACCCGGAUUAUAUUGAGAAGCAAAAGGCUAUGUUUGACGUGAAUCUCAAUGUAGUCAUACUGUUGACACAAUUAGCGGUCAAACAUUUGGCCAAAACUAAUGGCAAUAUAAUUAACAUAUCGAGUGUUGGGGCCAUUAAACCGGGUAUAGGUAUAUCACCUGUAAGUAUGUCAAAGUGUGCCAUUAAUAUGUUCACUAAAUGUAUGGCAGUGGAGUUG